AUGGAGAGGUAUUCGAAGCAGAACCUUCAAAGCCACAACUUCUCAGUCACUGAUGGUGAAGAGGUUGUUGAUUUACAGUCUGAAGGGCUUGCAAAAUGUGUCAGCUCUGGGAGAGAUAAUAAGCAGGAAAGGAAGCCUGUAAGUGAGCACAAGAUGUCUAACAUUGAAAGAAGUUCAUGUUUGAAUGAUGAGAAGUCUCCAAAAUACAUGACUCAUAGCAAGGAUUUCACUUUACAGGAGAAUUCAGAAGCAAAAUUCCAUGCAGAAGUUGAUUGUUUAUUAAUUCAAGGACCACAAGAGAUUAGUAAAGCAACAGCCACAUUAGCAGGUGGAAGGGAUGCAGUGGUGAAAAGAAAGCCCAGAUGCAACGAACUUCCAUCAUUCUCCUGUGAUGGAAAUCACUGGAAAAUGGAAUUGUUGGAUGUGGAGGAGGCCAAGAAGCAGGUCCUGUUUUCACUGCCAACAACUCUCACUAAUGUGAUGUUUUACUUCAUCACUUUGGUGUCCGUGAUGUUUGCUGGCCACCUUGGUCAGCUUCAACUAGCUGCUGCAAACCUAGCCAUGUCAUGGGCUAGUGCCACCGGCCUUGCUGUUGUGAUUGGCUUAAGUGGAGCGCUUGAGGCCCUUUGUGGGCAAGCCUUUGGUGCCAGGGAGUAUGGCAUGUUAGGGAAGUACCUGCAAGCCUCAUGCCUGAUAUCCUUGCUAGCUUCCUUGCUUAUUUCCCUACUUUGGUUCUUUUCGGAGCCAGUUUUGAUUUCGUUGUUACACCAAGACGCAGAGGCCUCAAAACUCUCUGUGGUCUUUAUGAAGCUGUUCAUUCCUGGAUUGGUUGCAUUUGGCAUCCUCCAGAACGUUUUAAGAUUUCUUCAAACCCAGUCUGCUGUUGUCGUCCCUUUUAUAUUCUCCUUCAUCAGCCUCGGCCUCCACAUAGGCCUCACCUAUUAUCUUGUCCACUUCACUCCUCUGGGCUUCAGAGGUGUUCCACUUGCAGCUUCCAUUUCCCUCUGCUUAUCUCUUCUUAUGUUCGCCGUCUACAUUCUUCGUUCGAAGAAAUUCGAGUCUACAUGGGAAGGUUUCUCCCUGGCGUCAUUCAGUCACGUCCCUACGGUUUUGAGGCUUGGCCUCCCUGGUGCCGCAGUUGAAUGCUUGGAAGACUGGACCUUCGAGGUUUUAGUCUUCAUGGCAGGAGCAUUUCCACAUCCAACACAGAGCACGUCCCUACUUGGGAUAUGUGUCAAUGUGGAGUUAAUUGGUUAUAUGGUGUCAUACGGCCUCAGUGCUGCUGUCAGCACGAGAGUUUCAAACGAACUGGGAGCAGGCAAUCCAGAGAAAGCUAAGAGUGCCAUGACUGUGGCUCUUAAGUUGUCUGGCUUUCUUGCUUUCCUUCUUGGUCUAGCACUGGCAAUUGGCCACAACUUCUGGGCUGGCUUAUUCGGCCGCACACCGGAAAUAGUAAAAGCCUUUGCAUCCAUGACGCCUUUGGUUGCGGUCUCUGUGAUCCUUGAACCUCUACAAGGUGUUGUUUUAGGUGUGGCCACAGGAUGCGGGUGGCAAAAGUUGGUCUGCUAUGUUAAUCUGGCCACAUAUUUGGUUGGCAUGGCUAUUUCGGGCCUUCUUGGGCUCACGACCGAGUUACAUGCCAAGGGCUUGUGGAUUGGACUAAUGUUUGGCAUUUCUUGUCAAACGAGCAUAAUUUUGGUAACUGUACUGCUCAAGAAUUGGGCUCCUCGAUCUGAUACCGCCUGA